AUGAGCUGUCCGGAACUUCCCUCCGUGGACUAUAGUAUAGUUGUUGCGAAGGAGGCGGAAGGACGCGUCCUGGGGAUCUACAUGUGCAUGCAGGGCUACCACCUGGAAGGAGAGAGCACCUUGUUUUGCAACGCCUCUGAGGGGUGGAAUGCCCCUACCCCCAGGUGCCGCUUGGGCCACUGUCCCGACCCUAUGCUGCUGAAUGGCAAGUUUAGUUUCCAGUGGCCUGUGAAAAUGAGAGACAGAAUCACGUUUCAAUGCAAUGAGCACUACAUCCUCAAAGGCAGCAACUGGAGCCAGUGCCACGAGGACCACACCUGGGUGCCUCCCUUUCCCAUCUGCAAGAGCAGAGACUGUGGCCCUCCUGGGAACCUAGCUCAUGGCUAUUAUGAAGGAGUAGAUUUCAACUCGGGAUCUACCAUUACUUACCACUGUGAAGACAGGUACCACUUGGUGGGCACACCGGAGCAGCGGUGCAUUGAUGGGGAAUGGAGCGGUGCACCUCCGGUCUGUGAACUGAUCCCAGAAGCUCCCAAACCAGCCCCACAGACUGCUCAUGAGAAGGCACUGCUUGCCUUUCAAGAGAGUGAGGAACUUUGCAAAGCCAUAGAAAACUUUAUGCAAAGAUUAGAGGAAAAUGGCACAACAAUGGAAGAACUAAAACAUUCUCUGGAAAGUAAGAAAGCUGAGUUGGAGGCAAAAAUAUUGUCCUGA